CUAGUAUUUUAUAAUUAAUCCAGAAAAAAAAAACUAGUGUGCACGUACGGCGAUAGUACUGAUCAAAGGCCAGGAUGAUGGAGGUGGAUCAUGAAGAUAAUGGAUCAGACAUUGAAGCUCAGCGGAGUUCCCCGCUGUUAAUGAAUGGUGAAUUGGGUAAUUCUAGUUUGAUCAUGAGGAAAUCGGCCAUCAUUUUCCGAUCUACUUACAAGUUCAUUGAAGCUGGAGCAAAAGUAGCAUCUCUUUCACGAGUCUCAUCGUCUUCCUCAUCUUCCACCACAACCUUUUAUACUCCUCUUCCCAGCUUUAAACAUGGAGAUGCGGAAGGUGGUGGAGAUGAAAUCCAGGUUGUUGAAAUCGUGACAGCUUCACCUGAUGUUAAUAUUGUACAAUCAAACAAUGAGAUUGAACUUCAGCCUCAUGAUCAGAGUACUCAUCAGCAAUGCUUACAAAUUAGUGAAGAGAUAGUAAAGGAGAAGAAGUUAGAUUCACUUCACUAUUUUGGAUUCACUUCAACUAUUUUGCUCCUUGCAAUUGCUGCAAUAUUAUCUUCUGUCUUUGGAAUCAUAGAAGAAGGUUUGAAGAAUGGUUGGGUUGAUGGAGCAGUUUUGGUUGGGACCAUAUUUGUGAUUGUUUCAUUUAAGUUUGCAGGAUAUUUGUACAAAAGACACCUUUGGAAGAAGCAAAAGGAUAACAAAGCAAGGAAGAAUUACCCCCUGUUCAUUUCUGAAACGGACUCCAGCUUUUGUGCCUACUUUGACAAGUUGAACAAUUACCUAAAUAUUAGUGCGUUGUCGAUUGGCGUUUUGAUCACUGUGGUGGUGUUCAUUCGCUUUAAAUUGGGCCAUAAAGAUGAUGAGUACGGAUACAGAUUAGAAACCAAGGAAGAACCAACUGAAAUUGCACAGAUAAUGAAUGCCCUGAAAAAGGUUUUAACAGAAUCAAAGGGAACAGUAAGAGUUUUGAUAACUUUACUUCCUCUCACACUGGUAGGGAUCACUGAAGGAGUACCAUUUCUUAUUUCAGUUGCAAUGGCAUAUUGGUAUCCGAAUUUUGAUGUUAAAAUGGAAUCAGUCAGCACCCUUUGUAUAGAAAAUGUUGGCUGGUUGAAAGAGCCAAAAUUGAAAGUUACCCAGUUUUUUCUUGACAAAAAAGAUGUUACCAAGAUACCGCCACAUGUCUGCAGUGUUCUCUCUGAUGGAAUUGGCCAUGUGUCCACUCGGACUUCUCAAACAGCCUACCACAGAGUAAAAGAAGCAAUACUCUAUUGGGUAGAGAAGAACACGGGUAUGCAGAGAGACACUUUGGAUAAGCAGUUCACCAUAGUAAAGGACAACGAUGAUGAGAUGAAUCCUUUUGAAGGACCUUGUAGAGUCGUCAUAGAGAAAAAUGGAGAUAAUGGGAAAGAGUACUAUUCAUAUUUCAAGGGCCCUACCGAUUCAAUAUUGUCAAUGUGUUCAAGUUACUAUGACAUGACGGGUGAAGUGCAGGAUUUGGAUGACGGAACAAAGAGUGACAUUGCUCAAACUAACAGCAAGAACAUGAACGUAGUUGCAUUUGCCUUCAAACACACUCAGGACGUUGUUGAACUUGAUGAAAAUGGCCUAACAUUCAUUGGUAUGUUUGUCUUAGAAGAUACUUUCAAUCUCGACAACAUGAGGCAAGCAAUUGCGAAUCUGAAAGAAGGCGGAGUGAAGAUGAUAUUUGCCUCGGAAGAAGAUGUUGAAGUGCUUCGUACCAUUGGUGAUGAAACAGGAUUGCUCAACUCACAUGAAGCUCUAGUAGUUAGGGGCGAAGAGGCUACAAAGGAAAAUGUUGAGAAAAUUUGCAUGAUGGGAAAUUCCUCUCCUGCACACAAGCGUUUUUUAAUAGAGCAGUUGAAGAAAAGAGGAGAAGUGGUGGCUGUGGUAGGAGAACAAACAUCUGAAAGUAAUGUGGUUCUUGAAGCAGCUCAUUUUGGCCUGCCUGUGGUGACUAACUGGCCUAAAACUAUAACUUAUGUGAUUAACAGCAUCAAGGGAGGAAGAAUUGUUUGUGAGAAUCUGAGGCAAUUCAUCCAAGUUGAGGUAAUCUUGGCAAUCAGUAGCUUAUCAAUAAACUUUAUACUGGUUAUAGUAGACGGAGAUGCCCCGUUAACAUUCAUUCAGUUGGUAUGGGUUAAUAUUCUUGUUACAUUUAUUGGAGGGCCAGCUUUGCUAAUUACUCAACAGGCCACAAGACAACUAAGUGAUGAGCUUUCUAUCAGACCAAGAAAACAGCCAAUUACCAAGGGCAUGUUGAGAAACAUACUUCUUCAAGUUUUUUAUCAGACUGGUAUUUUUGUAUUCCUUCAACACAGAGGAAGUGCAAUACUGGGCAUCACUCCAAAAGUUAACAUAUCUAUAGUCUUUAACGGGUUCGCUCUGUGCCAGCUUUUUAACAUAUUCAGUGCAAGGGAUUUGGAGCAGAGGAAUUAUUUCAAAGGUCUCGGUCAAAAUUACUUGUUUUGGGCAUUGUCUGGGCUCUAUCUUGUGUUGCAGUUUGGAUUCAUUGAAUUAGAGGCUUUCUUGUUUAGCAACACGGCACGAUUGAAUUGGAAGCAAUGGACUGAAUCCAUUUUAAUUGGAGUUGUUACAUGGUUGCUUGAUGUGAUAGUAAAAUGGGGAUCACAAUACAUAAAGAUAGACACAUAUUGUGAUUGUGGAGUUCUUCACCUAGCUAGAAACUGGUUACAGUAUUGGUUUAUGAGGAUCAAUUGCUGUUACUGUGGACCAAGAAGUACACCAAAUCCAACUCUUGCUUCCUUGGAUUCUUCAAGAUCCACUAACGGAAAGGGCUGGAUAACAAAUAUUACACGUCGUGUUAAACCAACCAAGCAUAGAGCUAAUACUUUGAUGGAUUAAUCAUAUGUUGCAGUAGCUUCAAUUUUUAGUACAUAGUUUCCUCUGUUUUCUAUAGAGGGUUAGAUAUAGUUGUAGCAACACUAA